CCCAAGGCUUUCCGGGGGGUCCGCAGAUCGCCUGUUCCUCUCCUCCAAUAUAAGAGAAUUAGGGAUUUCCCUUUGCAUCUUUUCCUUCCCUCUUUUUCUCUCGUCCUUGACGCCUGUCUCUCGCUCUCCGAUCGUCAGGAUUCCCCCCUGGCUUCUCCCCUGUCGAUCAUGAAGCUAUCUCUGUUCGUCGCGGCAGCGGCCGGCGUCGCCAAUGCCGCCACUUUGCCUCCGGCCGCUGUCGAGCCUGCCCUCGAGCUGGCGGUCCGGGCCCUUCCCAAUGCCCCCGAUGGUUACACUCCCGACAACGUUACGUGCCCGUCCACCCGGCCCAGCAUCCGCGACGCCGAUACUCUCUCCACUAACGAGACCGAGUGGCUCAAGGUGCGCCGCAAGGUCACCCUGCAGCCCAUGAAGGACUUCCUCGGUCGGUUGAACUUAAGUGGCUUUGACGUCACCUCUUAUCUUAACACCCACUCGAGCAACAUCUCUAACAUCCCCAACAUUGCCGUGGCUGCCUCGGGUGGUGGCUACCGUGCGCUGACCAACGGCGCGGGUGGCCUGAAGGCCUUCGACAGCCGCACGGAGAACUCCACCAACGCUGGUCAGUUGGGAGGCCUGCUGCAGUCGGCCACCUAUGUCUCCGGGUUGAGUGGUGGUAGCUGGCUGGUCGGCUCCAUGUUCGUCAACAACUUCUCCACCAUCAGCAAUCUGCAAGCUAGCGACCGGGUUUGGGGAUUUUCCAAGUCUUUGCUCGAGGGUCCCAACUACGACACCAUUCAGAUUCUGAGCACCUACGAGUAUUGGAAGACUAUUACCGACCAGGUCGAUGGCAAGUCGGGUGCCGGAUUUAACACUUCGUUCUCCGACUACUGGGGUCGCGCCCUUUCCUUCCAGCUGGUCAAUUCCUCCAAGGAUAACGGUGGUGCCGACUACACCUGGUCUUCCAUUUCCCUGAUGGACGACUUCAAGAACGGCCAGUACCCGAUGCCGAUCGUUGUCAUGGACGGCCGCAACCCCGGUGAGGUCAUCAUCGAGAGCAACGCUACAGUCUAUGAGGUGACCCCGUGGGAGUUCGGCUCCUGGGAUCCGACUGUCUACGCCUUCGCACCAUUGGAAUACAUGGGUUCGAGAUUCGAGAACGGUAAGGUGUCGGAGAACGGCACCUGCGUGCGAGGCUUCGACAACGCCGGCUUCAUCAUGGGCUCGUCCUCGACCCUCUUCAACCAGUUCUUGCUGCAGAUCAACAGCACCAGCAUCCCGACUAUCUUUAAGAAUGCCUUGACCGAUAUUCUCGAAGAUCUCGGUGACAAGGGUGACGACAUCGCUGUCUACUCCCCUAACCCGUUCUACGGCUACCGUGAGGCCAGCGAAGACUACGCUACCACCCCGUCCCUGGAUGUUGUCGACGGUGGUGAGGAUGGCGAGAACAUCCCUCUGCACCCGCUCAUUCAGCCCAACCGCCACGUCGACGUGAUUUUUGCAAUUGACUCGUCCGCUGAUACUGACUCCUUCUGGCCUAACGGCACCUCGCUGGUGGCCACCUACCAGCGAAGCUUGAACAGCUCUGGCAUUGGCAACGGCACCAUCUUCCCCCCGGUCCCCGACGUGAACACUUUCGUCAACUUGGGCCUGAACAAGCGCCCGACCUUUUUCGGCUGCGACCCGAAGAAUCUCUCUGGUCCCGCGCCGCUCGUCGUCUACCUGGCCAACUCGCCCUACACCUACGACUCGAACUUCUCCACCUUCAAGCUGACCUACUCGGACGAGGAGCGCGACAACGUCAUCACCAACGGCUACAACGUGGUGACCCAGGGUAACGGCACCCUCGACUCGAACUGGACGUCGUGCGUCGCCUGUGCCAUCCUGCAGCGCUCGACCUACCGCACUAACACCACCCUGCCCGAGAUCUGUACCACCUGCUUCAACGACUACUGCUGGAAUGGAACGACCAACAGCACCACGCCGGGCGAGUAUGAGCCCACCAUGUUCCUGACGACCAGCGGGUCCGGCAAGAAUGUCCUGCACCGCACGGCGGCCGGUCUGGCCUUUGCCGUGACUAUGUUUUUGGCUUACUAGAUGGAGUUGUGAAUUUUGGGAGGGAGAUUAAGCUUCAUGUACAAACAUUGAUAGUUUUGGAAGAUGCUGUUGAUAGUAAUGGAUGUGAUGAAGGUACGAUUGAUGGCUGUAUUUUCGGUAUUAUUGCUUAGGAU